AUGCCCAGAAGUUUUCUUCAAAAAGCAUUAGUCAAGCUUAUUUUACCAGAAAUUAAUCACUUCCAAAUUUGUUAUGGCUCUACACAACUUUCAAAUUAUUUUUUAUGUAACUUUUGGCGUUUCCAACGCAAGUCGACAUCAUCAUUAAUUUGUGCUUGGGGAGCAAACACCUUGAAAAAUAGGUGA